AUGGAGAUAAACAGCUACACUGCAGAGAAGAGAGCUAACGAAAAUGAAACUCUGCUUCUGCUUUCUUCUAGUGACAAUUUUUGGUGGUAUGUUCUUUUUUCCUCUUCUCUCUUCUAUCCUUCUUGCGCCACAAUCUUCGGUGGCUUCUCUUCCAUUGGUGUUGUCAUUUCCACCUUGGUCUUCUGCUCAUUGUAUAAGAUACCUUUGGAGUUUGAUAAACUGCCGUUGAAAUCAUUUCUUGCUAGCAUUGUUGUCGUUGCCAAUGCUUAUUUAGUGGCUCUGCUUUUAAUAAAUGGUGUUUUGGAUUAUGAUGAGUUUGAAUUUGAUGUGUUCGGGUUGCAAAUAGCUUGUAACAGCUUCAUUUUGCGUGAUUUUGCUUUGCUUGUUAUGUGCUUGGUAAUGGUAGAGAAGCUGCACAUUGUGUUCCUUGUUAUGUGCUUUGCUUUCUCUCUGAAAGUUGAAGUCAUAGAAAUGGACAAAUCUUGGAUUAAUAUGCCACGAAAUUCAGUUGAAUAUCUAUGUGGGUUAGAUAAGUUCUUAGAUUUUGCAUUUGAGAAACGGUCUAUCAAUGGUGCAAUAAAGUGUCCAUGUCCUAAAUGCCGCUUUAAUAAAUGGGAAACAAGGGAUAUAGUGCGUGACCACUUGAUUUGCAAGCAAUUCCCAAAAAAUUAUAAGGUUUGGAUAUGGCAUGGUGAAACAUAUGAAACGGAGACAUCAAACAACACUCAAGUAGUACAAGAGCCAUUGAAAAAUGAAAAUCCAGUAUUUGACAUGAUAAAUGAUGCAUUUGGUGUCAAUGUACAACAUGCAUCAGAACAUACCACUUCACCUGAAUCAUUGGGGUCCACACAUACCAUGCCUAAUGAAGAGCGAAGAGAUGUUGCUGAUUUGAUUAAAGACGGUAACCAAGAAUUGUACGAAGGGUGUCAAAAAUAUUCGAAGUUGUCUUUUUUGUUGAGAUUGUAUCACAUAAAGUGCUUGUGUGGCAUAACUGACAAGGCAAUGACAUUGAUACUUGAAUUGCUAAGAGACGCAUUCGAAUAUGCAAAAAUUCCGAAUUCAUUCUAUGAGGCAAAAAAGGUCAUCUACAAACUUGGUCUUAAUUAUACCAAGAUAGAUGCUUGUCCGAAAAAUUGCAUGUUGUAUUGGGGAGAAAACGAAAGUCUGGAGACAUGCGAACAUUGUCAAACUUCUAGAUGGAAGCCAAAAGAUAAAGGAAAAGGAGAUAACCCAACUAUUUGUAGAAAAAAGCGACCCGCCAAGGUUUUGCGUUACUUUCCUUUGAAACCAAGGUUGAAAAGGUUAUUCAUGUGUUCUAAAACAGCAAAAUCCAUGAGAUGGCAUGCUUUGGCAAAUAACCCAGAUGGAUUAUUGAGGCAUCCAAGAGAUGCAGAAGCGUGGAAGAGUUUUGAUCAGCUUCACCCUGAAUUUGCUUCUGAAUCUCGAAAUGUUCGCCUUGGCCUAGCAACUGAUGGUUUCAAUCCUUAUGGAACCAUGAGUAAUAACUACAGCGUAUGGCCAGUGAUCCUAAUUCCAUACAAUCGCCCUCCUUGGGAGUGCAUGAAGCAAACUUCCCUAAUUCUUUCUAUGAUCAUUCCCGGUAAACGAAUGCCUGGGAAUAAUAUAGAUGUCUUCCUACAACCUUUAAUCAAGGAGUUGAAUGAGCUAUGGAGUGAGGGCAUGGAAACCUAUGAUUCUUCUAUGAAUGAAUUGUUUAGAAUGCGAGCAGCUCUUAUAUGGACAAUUAGUGACUUCCCUGGGCUCGGUUCUUUAUCUGGGUGGAACAUUUAUACUGGUUAUGCUUGCCCAACUUGUAAUUUUGACACAACCCCUUGUCGACUGAAAUAUAGCAAAAAAUGGUGUUUUAUGGGUCAUCGACGAUUUUUAGAGAAGGGUCAUACAUUUAGAUUGAUGAAGAAGCACUUUGAUGACACAAUUGAAGAAAGGGAUCCACCAAAAUUAUUAUCUGGGUUUGAGAUUCUAAAACAACUUAAUGGUGUCAAUAUAACCUUUGGAAGAAACCUUGACUCAAAUAGUAAAAGGAAACGAGAUCGUGUAGAAGAUAGAUCAAAACAAUGGAGAAAGAAAAGCAUAUUCUUUGAUCUUCCUUAUUGGAAGGAUAAUCUUUUACGCCAUAAUCUAGAUGUUAUGCAUAUUGAGAAGAAUGUGUGUGACAAUGUGUUAUAUACAUUGAUAAAAGAUGAUAAAUCAAAAGAUCAUCAUGAAGCUCGCAAAGAUCUAAAGCAUAUGGGCAUAAAACAAGAUCUUUGGCCACUUGAAAACGGAAAAUUUCUUCCCUUAUUGUUUACAAUGACAGGAGAACAAAGAAAGAUAUUUCUCACUACAUUGAAGAACACAAAGAUGCCAGAUGGUUACUCAAGUAACAUAUCUCGUUGCAUUGAUGACAAAAACUCUAAGAUAUCUGGCUUGAAGAGUCAUGAUUGUCAUAUCAUCUUGCAACAUUUGCUUCCAAUAGCUAUACGUAAUGUUUUGCCUGAUGCAGUGACUACAGUGUUGGUAGAGUUAUCAGCUUUUUUCAAAGAAUUAUGUUUUAAAAGAUUGAAUAUCUCAGACCUUGAUAAGUUGCAACAUAGAAUUGUGCUAACUCUUUGCCAUUUGGAAAUCCUUUUACCCCCAUCGUUCUUCACAGUGAUGGUCCAUUUAACUUGCCAUCUUGUUCAAGAAGUGAAGUUGGGAGGGCCAGUGUAUUAUCGCUGGAUGUAUCCAAUUGAGAGGGCACUAGGACAUUUUAAGUCCUUUGUACGAAAUAAGGCACAACCUGAAGGUUCUAUAAGUGAAGCUUAUUUAGCAGAGGAGACCCUAAAUUUAUAUUCACAAUAUGAAGAAGUUGAGUCAAGGAUGAAUAGAGGUCGACGUGUUGAUGAUCGUCCAAAUAGUACUGAAACGUCUCAAAUAUCCUCCAUCUAUCCUCAAUUAGGCAGAUCGAUGGGAAGUUCAUCAACUUUCACUCUUACUCCAUUAGAGAAAAUACAAGCACAUCGAUAUUUGCUACUAAAUUGUCCAGUAGUCACUCCAUAUGUUGAAGCACUCACAAAGAGGAGGACAAGGAGUCGAAGACCUUCAGCUAGAGAGAUAGAAAAGAUCGUCACUAAAGAAUUUGCAAAUUGGUUUCCUCAAAGGGUUAUGAAUCCCGACUUUAUAAAUUCAGUGCCAGAAGAAAUAAAGUUUUUAGCAAGGGGUUCGAUGCUACAGGCACGAAGAUAUACUACAUAUAAUAUCAAUGGGUUCAAGUUUAGAACUAUAGCUCGAGAAGCAAGUUUGAAAACUCAGAAUAGUGGAGUUUUUCUAACUUCAAACACAUCAUGUGUUGCAAGUAGUGCUGAUCCAAAUUUGAGUAGAGCAGAUUUGCCUUACUAUGAGAAGUUGAUGGACAUAAUAGAGCUCAACUAUUAUGGUUUUUUCAAAGUUAUCCUAUUUAAGUGUAAAUGGGCAGAUACCACACGUGACCGUGGAAUUAGAAAGGAUGCAUGGGAAUUUACUUCAGUGAACUUUUCUCAAUGUAUUCACACGGGUGAACGUGAAGAGCAUGACCCUUAUAUAGAAGCUUCACAAGCACGAUUGGUGUAUUAUGUAGAUGAUGAGGUAAAUCAAGGUUGGAGUGUUGUUGUGCACAUGACGCCAAGGGAUUUAUAUGAUAUGGGAGAAGAUAUAGAAGAUGUUAUAUGUGAGACCGAGCCAUACCAAGAGCAAGACUUAAGCAAUAUAUUUCCAAAUGAAGCUGACACAAUAGCAUUGGCUAGGGAGGAUGUAGAUGGUGAAUUCACUCAUAUAAGCCAUGUUGAAAAUCAACUUUAUGGAGAUGAAAUGUCCGAGUGA